UAAUAUACUUUUAAUUGGUGUCAUUAAGUGCACUUUAUGUUACUGGAGCUGCUAUUUUCUUGCCUAAAGGCGCUUUCUUUGUUUUUGAAUGACUAGUAAUAUGUAUCUCAGGGCACACAUCAUUGCUAUAAUAUAUUCUUAUUACGAAGCCAAGAUCGGAACCACCUACACGUCCCAUAAGACAUGAACAGAAAGCAGCUCCCCUGAUUUUAUAGCAUUUCUCUAACAUGAACGACAAGAGGCACUUGCUAUCUUGCAUCUUGCUAUCAUCCGUUCUAUUGUCUUGUGUCGAAGCUCAGUCAUUUAUCGGAUUCGAGGCAAACGCCACACAAGUGAGUGAAGGAGCAGGAAUUGUAUCCCUUGUGAUAGUCAGGACUGGAGACACAAGUGGGAAUGACACUGUCAGAUUCACAACAAUUGAUGGAUUCGCCUCGUCUCUGACGGACUACAUUGCAAUUAGCAACCUGGAAGUGAUCUUCUUAACAAAUGAAACGACUAAAACAGUUGACGUCUCCAUCACCGACGAUGACGAUAUAGAGAACGAUGAAGUGUUUUUUGGUAGACUGACCACCAUCUCGCCUAACAUCACCCUCACCAUUGACACAGCGGGCAUUACUAUUCUGAACGACGAUAAAGCUCAGACAUUCAUCAAAUUCCAAACGAACACAAUUCAAGUGAGUGAGGGAGACGGAGUCGUGCCUCUUGUCAUAGUCAGGACUGGAAAUAUAAGCGGCAACGACACCAUCAGUUUCAGCACAAGUAACGAUACCGCCUCGCCUUUAACAGACUACACCAAAAUCAACAACCUCGAAGUGACAUUCUUAUCCAAUGAGACGACUAAAACAGUUAAUGUCUCUAUCACCGACGAUGUCAAGGUGGAGGAAAACGAGACCUUCUACGCGCAUCUUACCACGAGUUUAUCCAGCGUAAAUAUAACCGACAACAGAGUAUCCAUAACUAUUCUAGAUGACGAUAAAGCAACGAUUGCCUUCAUCUCGACUUCAUACACUUCCCCGGAAGGCAAUGGACUCGUCACUCUGCAGUUAUCAAAGACGGACAAUUCUGAUGUUCCACUAACAGUCAGUGUCAGCACAGCCAACCUGACGGCCUACACGCCAUCUGACUACACGGCCAUCAGCGAGACCAUCACUUUCGGCCCUAGUGAGACAGUCAGAGAGGUGAACGUUACCAUAAUAAAAGAUGGAAGAGUUGAAAAUGACGAAAUAUUCCAGGCCCUCCUCACUACAAGCAACUUUGCGCAAAUUAUACUAGAGAACACUACAAGCAACGUCACAAUCAAAGAUGGCGACAAAGCAACGAUUGCCUUCAUUUCGACCUCAUAUACUUCCCUGGAAGGCAAUGGACUCGUCACUCUGCAGUUAUCAAAGACGGACAAUGCUGAUAUUCCACUAACAGUCAGUGUCAGCACCGCCAACCUGACGGCCUACACGCCAUCUGAUUACACGGCCAUCAGCGAGACCAUCACUUUCGCCCCUAGUGAGACAGUCAGAGAGGUGAACGUUACAAUAAUAAAAGAUGGAAGAGUUGAAAAUGACGAGAUAUUCCAGGCCCUCCUCACUACAAGCAACUUUGCGCAAAUUACACUAGAGAACACUACAAGCAACGUCACAAUCAAAGAUGGCGACAAAGCAACGAUUGCCUUCAUCUCGACCUCAUACACUUCCCUGGAAGGCAAUGGACUCGUCACUCUGCAGUUAUCAAAGACGGACAAUGCUAAUAUUCCACUAACAGUCAGUGUCAGCACCGCCAACCUGACGGCCUACACGCCAUCUGACUACACGGCCAUCAGCGAGACCAUCACUUUCGCCCCUAGUGAGACAGUCAGAGAGGUGAACGUUACCAUAAUAAAAGAUGGAAGAGUUGAAAAUGACGAGAUAUUCCAGGCCCUCCUCACUACAAGCAACUUUGCGCAAAUUAUACUAGAGAACACUACAAGCAACGUCACAAUCAAAGAUGGCGACAAAGCAACGAUUGCCUUCAUCUCGACCUCAUACACUUCCCUUGAAGGCAAUGGACUCGUCACUCUGCAGUUAUCAAAGACGGACAAUGCUGAUAUUCCACUAACAGUCAGUGUCAGCACAGCCAACCUGACGGCCUACACGCCAUCUGACUACACGGCCAUCAGCGAGACCAUCACUUUCGCCCCUAGUGAGACAGUCAGAGAGGUGAACGUUACCAUAAUAAAAGAUGGAAGAGUUGAAAAUGACGAGAUAUUUCAGGCCCUCCUCACUACAAGCAACUUUGCGCAAAUUAUACUAGAGAACACUACAAGCAACGUCACAAUCAAAGAUGGCGACAAAGCAACGAUUGCCUUCAUUUCGACCUCAUAUACUUCCCUGGAAGGCAAUGGACUCGUCACUCUGCAGUUAUCAAAGACGGACAAUGCUGAUAUUCCACUAACAGUCAGUGUCAGCACAGCCAACCUGACGGCCUACACGCCAUCUGACUACACGGCCAUCAGCGAGACCAUCACUUUCGCCCCUAGUGAGACAGUCAGAGAGGUGAACGUUACCAUAAUAAAAGAUGGAAGAGUUGAAAAUGACGAGAUAUUUCAGGCCCUCCUCACUACAAGCAACUUUGCGCAAAUUAUACUAGAGAACACUACAAGCAACGUCACAAUCAAAGAUGGCGACAAAGCAACGAUUGCCUUCAUCUCGACCUCAUACACUUCCCUGGAAGGCAAUGGACUCGUCACUCUGCAGUUAUCAAAGACGGACAAUGCUAAUAUUCCACUAACAGUCAGUGUCAGCACCGCCAACCUGACGGCCUACACGCCAUCUGACUACACGGCCAUCAGCGAGACCAUCACUUUCGCCCCUAGUGAGACAGUCAGAGAGGUGAACGUUACCAUAAUAAAAGAUGGAAGAGUUGAAAAUGACGAGAUAUUCCAGGCCCUCCUCACUACAAGCAACUUUGCGCAAAUUAUACUAGAGAACACUACAAGCAACGUCACAAUCAAAGAUGGCGACAAAGCAACGAUUGCCUUCAUCUCGACCUCAUACACUUCCCUGGAAGGCAAUGGACUCGUCACUCUGCAGUUAUCAAAGACGGACAAUGCUAAUAUUCCACUAACAGUCAGUGUCAGCACCGCCAACCUGACGGCCUACACGCCAUCUGACUACACGGCCAUCAGCGAGACCAUCACUUUCGCCCCUAGUGAGACAGUCAGAGAGGUGAACGUUACCAUAAUAAAAGAUGGAAGAGUUGAAAAUGACGAGAUAUUUCAGGCCCUCCUCACUACAAGCAACUUUGCGCAAAUUAUACUAGAGAACACUACAAGCAACGUCACAAUCAAAGAUGGCGACAAAGCAACGAUUGCCUUCAUCUCGACCUCAUACACUUCCCUGGAAGGCAAUGGACUCGUCACUCUGCAGUUAUCAAAGACGGACAAUGCUGAUAUUCCACUAACAGUCAGUGUCAGCACCGCCAACCUGACGGCCUACACGCCAUCUGACUACACGGCCAUCAGCGAGACCAUCACUUUCGCCCCUAGUGAGACAGUCAGAGAGGUGAACGUUACCAUAAUAAAAGAUGGAAGAGUUGAAAAUGACGAGAUAUUCCAGGCCCUCCUCACUGCAAGCAACUUUGCGCAAAUUAUACUAGAGAACACUACAAGCAACGUCACAAUCAAAGAUGGCGACAAAGCAACGAUUGCCUUCAUCUCGACCUCAUACACUUCCCUGGAAGGCAAUGGACUCGUCACUCUGCAGUUAUCAAAGACGGACAAUGCUAAUAUUCCACUAACAGUCAGUGUCAGCACCGCCAACCUGACGGCCUACACGCCAUCUGACUACACGGCCAUCAGCGAGACCAUCACUUUCGCCCCUAGUGAGACAGUCAGAGAGGUGAACGUUACCAUAAUAAAAGAUGGAAGAGUUGAAAAUGACGAGAUAUUCCAGGCCCUCCUCACUACAAGCAACUUUGCGCAAAUUAUACUAGAGAACACUACAAGCAACGUCACAAUCAAAGAUGGCGACAAAGCAACGAUUGCCUUCAUCUCGACCUCAUACACUUCCCUGGAAGGCAAUGGACUCGUCACUCUGCAGUUAUCAAAGACGGACAAUGCUGAUAUUCCACUAACAGUCAGUGUCAGCACCGCCAACCUGACGGCCUACACGCCAUCUGACUACACGGCCAUCAGCGAGACCAUCACUUUCGCCCCUAGUGAGACAGUCAGAGAGGUGAACGUUACCAUAAUAAAAGAUGGAAGAGUUGAAAAUGACGAGAUAUUCCAGGCCCUCCUCACUACAAGCAACUUUGCGCAAAUUAUACUAGAGAACACUACAAGCAACGUCACAAUCAAAGAUGGCGACAAAGCAACGAUUGCCUUCAUCUCGACCUCAUACACUUCCCUUGAAGGCAAUGGACUCGUCACUCUGCAGUUAUCAAAGACGGACAAUGCUAAUAUUCCACUAACAGUCAGUGUCAGCACCGCCAACCUGACGGCCUACACGCCAUCUGACUACACGGCCAUCAGCGAGACAAUCACUUUCGCCCCUAGUGAGACAGUUAGAGAGGUGAACGUUACCAUAAUAAAAGAUGGAAGAGUUGAAAAUGACGAGAUAUUCCAGGCCCUCCUCUCGACAAGCAAUUCCGCGCAAAUUACACUCAAAAACUCUACAAGCAGCGUCACAAUUAAAGAUGAUGACAAAGCCACGAUUACUUUCAAGAGCACAUUGUACACUACUACUGAAGAUAGCGGAUUUGUAACCGUUAUUUUAUCAAAGACGGACAACGCUGAUAUCCCAUUAACCGUCAGCUUGAGCACAUCUGGCUUGACAGCCACAUCAUCGUUGGAUUACACUGCCAUCAGUAAUCAAGGCGUCACACUCGAAUCUUAUGAAACUACAAAAGGCUUCAAUAUCACCAUAGAGACCGAUAUUAGGGUGGAGACGGACGAAGAGUUCCAAGCUUUUCUUUCCAACCCGAACCCAGCUCAGAUCGAGCUUGGGGACCAAGCGGCAAACAUUACCAUAAAGGAUGAUGACAAAGCCACAAUUGGUUUCAAGUCUGCGGCGUAUAAUGUCACAGAGGAUCAAGGUUUUGUGACGAUCGAGGUGACGAAAUCAAACAAUGCAGAUGUACCUCUGACAGUUAGCUUGAGCACCGCGGAUCUAACAGCCAAGUCAGCCUCUGACUAUAUCGCUAUCUCCAACCGUAUUAUCACCUUCAAACCUGGAGAAACCUCCCAUGAGAUGAACAUAACCAUAAAAACGAACGAAAUAGUGGAGAGAAACGAAGAGUUUAAGGCUGUUCUCACAACUAGUAACUCGGCGCAGAUCGCAUUCCAAAUCCCAGAGAGCAAAGUUACCAUUAACGACGAUGAUAAAGCACGCAUUGGGUUUACGAAUACAUCUUACGUGGUUAUCGAAGGGCACGGCUACGUCACCGUGACGAUAACAAAAGAGGGAGAAUCUGACAUAGACCUUGCUGUAAUCAUGGAUACUGUACUUGUAAGCGCGUCAUCACCGCUUGACUACGUCGCCUUUGUAAACCGUGAAGUCUUGUUUCCUGCAGCUUCCCCUAUCAACAUGGUGAACAUCACCAUAGAAACAGAUGGCAGGGUGGAAUCCCAUGAAGUGUUUCGGGCCAAACUAACGGUCGACACAGCCAACAGGCCGCAUAUUGAACUCGUGACGCCCCUGACGGAGAUUACCAUUGUAGACGAUGAUAAAGCGAUCAUUGGUUUCAAUGCCACUACCUACAGUGUCGCUGAAGGCCAGGGCUUUGUUGUCGUUGAAAUAACCAAGUCAGGACACACAGAAACAACGCUUAUCGUCAGGAUAAGCACCGAAGACGGUACAGCGAAAUCCUCAUCCGACUUCAUCGCUAUAAAUAACCAAGAUGUCAUCUUUGCGCCUGACGAAAAUGCUAAACUCGUCAACAUCACCAUAGUAACAGACAACAUAGUUGAGAAUGAUGAGGUGUUUGUCAUCACUCUGACGUCAGUAAACACGUCAUCAAUAACAUUGAACCAGUCAACCGCAUAUGUGAACAUCUUAAACGACAAUAAAGUGACGGUGGAAUACGUGGGCAAUAAGUCGCGCAUAUCAGCUAAGGAAGGUGAGACAGUCGAGCUUACCUACGGAAUCACCAAUGGAGCCAGCGAUGUCAACUUCACUAUUCGACUUUAUCCCAGCCCUAUUUCAACAACAGCGGGCGAAGAUGACUUCUAUUACAACGACAGCUUAACGUUUCUGCCUGAUAUCUCAAGAAUGAUGACAAAUGUUACAAUCGUUAGCGAUAGGGAGGCUGAAGGGAAUGAAUCGAUCGCUCUGGUUGCGAAAAGCCUGGACCCAAGGGUUGUGAUUGGUGCAAAAGAAAUGGUCGUCAUUCUCAUUGAUGAUUCUGUUGACAGAGCAAGUAAACAAGAACAGAAAGAAACACUAACCAGAGACAAAGAUAUAAGCCAACAAUACUUCGUGUUGGUAGCUGUCGCUGCCGGUCUCUCAUGUGCUCUCUUACUUAUUGUCAUAAUCGUUAUCAUCAUCAUUUGCAAAAGCAGGCUGAUGGCAGAAUACAAGACAUACUAAAAAGGGCAUCAUAUCUUGGCAUCUUACACCGAUCCUCUGGUUGCAGCAAGCAGGCCAUGUGUUUAGGAACCAAGCAAAGUCAAGAAAAAGGUUCACAAUUUUAUCAGAUACGCGAAUGAUGACUUCAAGCAUUUUAACUCGUAUCAGCAGGGAUGUAUAAAGGAGGGGGGAUUUUCUAGGUAGCAUAGUCAAAAUGCUAGUAUUCAUACUGAAGAAUUCGCCGCUUACUGACUCAUGACAAGUAUUUUCUCAGAUUGCGCCCCCGCUCACCCAGUGAAAGUAAUUUGCUAAAAGGGAGUUUGGGUAAAAUGCAUUACCACUAGUUCUAAAGGUGCGGAGCUUCCGAGAUUUUUUAAACAUGAAUAUCAGAUAUACUGUAUAACAUCGAUACACAUUUGGAUUCCUAAGGAGAUUGGAGAAGAACAUAUACCCAGGGCUGUUUUACACAUAGAUAUUGUGCCAAACAUGCAACAAAGCCAAACGUAACAUGUUUAUUAUUAUUGCAUUUGUGAUAAGUUUAAUAUUCAUAUCACACUGUAUUAUUAUUAAAUAGAAUAUGAAAAUAAACAUUUGGUGUAAAAA